AUGGUGUACCGCAGUUAUAAGCUGUGGUAUAAUUACCUGAGGGAGAGGAGGAAGCAGGUGAAGGGCAGGUGCAUCACAGAGCCUGCCUACGAGGAGAUCAACAACUGUCAUGAGAGAGCGCUGGUGUUUAUGCACAAGAUGCCUAGAAUCUGGCUGGAUUACUGCCAGUUCCUGGUGUCUCAGUGCAAGAUCACACGGAGCCGGCGCACCUUCGACCGCGCCCUGCGGGCCCUGCCCAUUACCCAGCAUCCCCGCAUCUGGCCCCUGUACCUGCGGUUCGCCCGCAACCUGCCCCUCCCCGAGACGGCCAUCCGCGUGUACCGCCGCUACCUCAAGCUGUCCCCCGAGAACGCGGAGGAGUACAUCGACUACCUGCGGUCCGUGAGCCGCCUGGACGAAGCGGCGGUAAGGCUGGCGGCCAUCGUGAACGACGAGAGCUUUGUGUCCAAGGAGGGAAAGUCCAACUACCAGUUGUGGCACGAGCUGUGUGACCUGAUCUCCCAGAACCCGGACAAGGUGAAGUCUCUGAACGUGGGGGCCAUCAUCCGCGGGGGCCUGACGCGCUUCACUGACCAGCUGGGGAAGCUCUGGUGCUCCCUGGCCGACUACUACAUACGGAGCGGCCACCUGGAGAAGGCGCGGGACGUGUACGAAGAGGCGGUCCAGACGGUGGUGACGGUGCGCGACUUCACUCAAGUGUUCGACAGCUACGCCCACACCGAAGAGACCGUGAUCGCCGCCAAGAUGGAGACCACUGCUGAGAUGGGCCAGGACGAGGAGGAGGACGUUGACCUGGAGCUGCGGCUGGCGCGCUUUGAGCAGCUGAUUGCGCGGCGCCCCCUGCUGCUGAACAGCGUGCUGCUGCGCCAGAACCCCCACAACGUCCACGAGUGGCACAAGAGGGUCAAGCUGUACGAGGGCAAACCGCGGCAGAUCAUCAACACGUACACAGAGGCUGUGCAGACGGUGGACCCCAUGAAGGCCACGGGGAAGCCCAACUCCCUCUGGAUCGCUUUCGCCAAAUUCUACGAGGAGAACGAUCAGCUGGACGAUGCCAGGACGAUCUUCGAGAAGGCCACCAAGGUGAACUACAAGCAGGUGGACGAGCUGGCGGGGGUGUGGUGCGAGUACGGCGAGAUGGAGCUGCGCCACGAGAACUACGAGCAGGCGCUGCACAUCCUGAGGAAAGCCACCGCCAUCCCGUCCAAGAAGGCCGAGUACUUCGAC